AUGAGUGAGUCCAAGGCUGUGAUAAGUCCUACAGAAUUUUUGCAAAAGGCUGGUGAGCUUUUCAAGACUGCUAAUGAAAAGAAGGUGACAGUUCACAUCUCGAUAAAAAGGUAUAUCAAGGAUGACCAGGUUGAAGGGAACUUGGAAAAGGAUGCUACCAAAGCACCAGAGUAUGAUGUCUCCAAAAUGGCUAGAAAUAUAGCUACGAAAGAAAGUUCCGAUAAAUCUUACCCGAUGGUUGUCAGGAUAUGGUGCGGGUCAAACGCCAAGAAGACAAAAUAUUCAACAAUUGUGCCUACACUUGAACUUGACCAAUUUUGGCAAGAUUAUAGCUCUGUGGUAAAAAGCGGGAUGAAUGGUUUGAUAAAGAAGAAGAAAAAGAGAAAGACGGCUGCUAGUAAUAAAGACAAAAAGAAAAAUUGA